AUGGGUAAAGGAAAGCCAAGAGGACUGUUGGCAGCUCGCAAGCUGCGCAACCACCGACGCGAGCAGCAGUGGGCGGAUCUACACUACAAGAAGAGACUUCUCGGAACAGCAUACAAGUCCUCGCCAUUCGGAGGUUCAUCACACGCCAAGGGCAUAGUCCUCGAAAAGGUCGGUGUUGAGGCCAAGCAGCCCAACUCCGCCAUCCGCAAGUGUGUGCGUGUCCAGCUCAUCAAGAACGGCAAGAAGGUCACCGCUUUCGUCCCCAAUGACGGUUGCUUGAACUUCGUGGACGAGAACGACGAAGUCCUGCUCGCUGGUUUCGGUCGUAAGGGCAAGGCCAAGGGUGAUAUUCCCGGUGUGCGAUUCAAGGUCGUCAAGGUCUCCGGCGUGGGUCUCAGUGCGCUGUGGAAGGAGAAGAAGGAGAAGCCUCGCUCAUAG